AUGGCUCAACGGGACUUCCAUCACCCGUACCAGCCGUAUGAGAUCCAGAAUGAGUUCAUGAACGCACUGUAUGAUUGUAUAGAGAGUGGCAAAGUCGGUAUAUUUGAGUCGCCUACUGGGACGGGUAAAUCCUUGAGCCUUAUUUGCGGUUCCUUGACGUGGCUUCGAGAUCACAAACGGAAAACGUUUCAAGAAGGCUUGAACGAGAUCGAAGAUGAUGAUGAGCCUGAGUGGAUGAAUGAGUAUGCUCGGCGGGAGAAGAAGCAAGCCGCACUCCGCCACCGGGCGGACUUUGAAAGCCGGCUCGAAAAGAUACGUGCUAGAGAGAAGAAGACCAAGGAGAAGUACAAGAAAGGGGAGCCGCACGCUAAGCGACAAAAAGUAGCAGCCACCGCCACUGACGAAGAUGCCGGCGAAGCGCAGUUUCUUCUCGACGACUAUGAAAGUGAAGAGGAAUCGAACACAAAGUUCCACGAUGACUCUCACUAUACUGGACUAUCGGCAGAGACACGUGCUCUCCUGGAGCAGAUAAAUCCUUCCCUUCGUGACCAGGAUAAUGCAACGGACGACUUUCCUGACGAGCUCAAGAUCUUCUAUUGUUCCAGGACACAUUCACAGCUUACUCAGUUUUCAAGUGAGCUAAAGCGCGUCAAGAUGCCCCCAGCUAUAGACCCAGACGAUGGACUUGUAACCAAUCAUAGCGGCGAUAAUCCAUCAAUAUUGUCGGAGGAGUUCAAGCAUCUUACACUGGGCUCUCGGAAGAACCUCUGCAUCAACCCGAAGGUGAAAAACCUCGGCAGUGCCAUAGCUAUCAACGAGCGAUGUCUAGAUCUACAAAAGUCGGGGGUGUCGGCUGAACGCAAGUGCUCUUUUCUCCCAACCAAAGAAACAGAGGCAGUCGUCAACGACUUUCGAGACCAUGCUCUAGCGAAGAUACGAGAUAUUGAGGAUCUUGGAGUUCUAGGCAAGAAGCUAGGUAUUUGCCCAUACUAUGCUUCGAGACCCGCCAUAAAGCCAUGUGAAAUUGUAACUUUGCCAUAUCCACUUCUCUUACAAAAGUCGGCUCGCGAAGCUCUGGAUAUCUCUUUGGCCGGACACGUGAUCAUCAUAGACGAAGCGCAUAAUCUGAUGGAUGCUGUUGCCGCAAUCAACUCCAUCACGGUUUCGCUUGCGCAACUCCGACGGUCGAGAGAACAGCUUACGGUCUACCUACGCAAAUUCCAAAAUAAAUUGAGAGGAAAAAACCGGGUCUAUGUCACGCAGACAGUCCGAUUACUAGACUCUUUGAUCCACUAUCUCCUCGGAAAGAACGCCAAUGCAGAGCUUGAUGGAAUAGCCAAUAUCGGAGACUUGAUGGCGGGGAAGGGCGUUGAUCAGAUUGAUCUCUUCAAGCUCACACACUAUCUACAAGAGAGCAAACUAGCCCGGAAGGUUGAUGGUUACAUUGCGCAUGUGGAGACGCAUCAAGAGCCAGCCGGAGACAAACAAGCACAGCCCUCCACCAAUCAUCUCCCAGGAACAAAGGAUGCAGUUCCUACUCUGACACACCUCCAGAACUUUUUUCUGGUUUUGACGAACCCCUCCAAAGAGGGUCAGUUUUUCUUUUCGAAGGAGGCUUCACCCGACUCGGUUAGUCUCAAGUACAUGCUUCUUGAUCCGACAAUGCACUUCAAGGAGAUCGUGGAUGAAGCCAGAGCUGUCAUUCUUGCAGGCGGCACAAUGUCUCCGAUGGAAGAUUACUCGAGGCAACUCUUUUCUUACGUAGACCCGUCGAGGGUCAUGACUCUUUCUUGCGGCCAUGUCAUUCCUCCGUCUCAGCUUCUAGCAUGUCCUAUUAUUUAUGGCCCGGAAAAUUCACCAUUCGACUUCACUUUUGGGAAACGCGAGUCGGACAAGACGCUACUCAACUUGGGCCUCUCCCUUCUUUCCUUCAUCCAACAUAUACCCGAUGGCGUCGUUGUCUUCUUCCCUAGCUACGCUUACCUCGAUAAAUGUGUUGCGGCGUGGAAACGUCUGAAACAACCUUCGAAACCAGGCUCCGAAUCGUCCUUUAUCUGGAAUGCGCUAGACGCUACGAAGCCUGUAUUUAUGGAACAGCGAAGCCAGACUCACUCAGCUUCAAAGCCUACGGUGGUCCAAAAUGCAACUGUUGAUUCUGUUCUAUCUGCCUACAGUAACGCCGUCGCAGCUGGUAACGGUCGCGGCGCGCUUCUUCUCUCCGUCAUCGGUGGAAGUCUUUCCGAAGGCAUCAACUUCAGCGAUGCGCUCGGCCGUGGCGUCGUCGUAGUCGGCCUACCGUUCCCUAAUCCUCAUACCGCCGAAUGGAAGGCCAAGAUGGCUUACAUCAAGAGCAAAGCAGCAAGCUGGGGACAGAAUGGAGAUGUCGCAGUGCGGGAGUUCUACGAGAAUAUCUGCAUGAGGGCUGUCAAUCAGUGCGUAGGACGAGCAAUCAGGCAUCUCGGUGACUAUGCUGUAAUUCUGAUGUUGGACCGGCGGUACGGAGAGAAGCGCAUACAGUCGAAGCUGCCGGGAUGGAUUCGAGGGAGUCUGUUACUGACUACUCCGAUGGGUGAGUUGACCGGAAAACUUGAUCGAUUCUUCGAGUCGCAGAAAUGAGCGAUGGGCUUUCGACUACGGAGUUUUACCGGUGACUGCCCUACACGGAGAGGGACGAUAUGGUCCCGACAAUUGCAUUUUUGUAGCUUGGGGUUGUUUGGAGUAUUAGCGGUCUCGGCGAAGGCUACCUACAGAGUUCGAGUUAUGAUCUAGAAAAAUAGAAUCAACCUGACUGCAACUCAUCACAAUUUAGAACCUGAGAUUAGCAAC